UUUCUUUGUUCGUUUGCAGGCAACACGACACUUUACGAGCGUUUAUGUUAUUAUUACUAUGAAAUUGGAUGAAAUUGUUGGAUGGUACCAGAAAAAAAUCGGCACCUAUGACAAGCAAGAAUGGGAAAAAACCGUCGAACAGAGGAUCUUGGAUGGCUUCAAUAAUGUCAACUUAAAGAACACAAAGCUAAAGACAGAGCUAAUCGAUGUGGACUUGGUGCGUGGUUCUACAUUCCCUAAAGCCAAGCCCAAGCAGUCACUACUUACUGUGAUUCGCUUAGCCAUACUACGAUAUGUGCUGCUACCUCUCUACGCCCAGUGGUGGGUCAAACAGACCACGCCCAACGCCUUUGGCUUCAUCCUGGUCCUCUACCUCACCCAAUUGUUCAACUGGGCUAUCUACGUGCUGCAUAGCAGUCGCAUAGUGCCGCUGGUCUACGAUAAACCUUCGAAUGACACCCUGCUCCAGGCAGAAGCAGUCGGCGAUGUCCCUGAUGCGGAGGAGGACAAACAAACUGAGGAGCACGCUGAUCUGCUCAGCGCUCUGCUAAUCCCCUGCGCUCUGAGCCUGCUGAUCAGCUUAAUCCACUCGCAGAUCGUAGCCACCAACACCGCCACGGGGGGAAGCAGCAAGAACAAGCUGCGACGCAUCUCAGCAAGCUGCUUAGGUGAAAAGGCCACGACCCGGGAGCAUCGGGUGCGGCGCCGCAAGAAGUUUGUGCGAAUUCGGCAGAUGGAAACGGAUUUGUCCCAGGCCAGCAGCAACACUUCAUUACCAACCAGAUGGAGUGCACCCAACUCGAUCGAAGCAAUUCCCAGACCGGUCACGCCCUUGCCCUCCCCCUCAAGAAACUGCGUGGUGGUUUCGGAUCCUACUCUACCCUCCACGCCACCGCCCAUCGUCAUUAAAAGAAGUAUCAAUGAGGAAACCUUUUUGACCACUACUGCCAUCAGCGCACUACCCCAACCGUUGGCCCCCACAGACGCACGCUUCGAUCUCAGCAGGCAGACGGGUGGAGUGGCCCCCGAAAGCCCAAAAAAGCGCAACGUCAACUGGCACACGCCCAUUCAGAUCUAUGCCACUUACGAGCGCGUCGAACAGCCUUCCACAAGCAGGACAAGCGGUGAAAUUGCAGCUGUUGCGGAUGCAGAAAGUAAGGUGGAAUCCCUCAAGCCAGCUUUCCAGUCGCGGCGCAACAUUGGCGAGGAUGACGGCUUCGAAAGCUUAAACGGAAAGAGCUCCAGCGGUGAGGACAACAACCACUCGCCUCUGCCCAAUACUGGCCCAGUAUCGGUGCCACCCGCUCCUGUCCAGACCAAUCAGCUGCGCCUGCGUCUAAACACGGGGAACGGCGGCUCCAACAGUGCUCCUCCUAUCGAAAAGAAGGGUCAGCCUCGAGGCAACGAGUCCACAACCAGUUGUGCAGAGUCGGACGAGUGUGAUGAUGCAGACAUCAUAUCCAGUCCUACCUCUGCUUGCAACCAGGACUGCACCACCUCUGCCACCGACUGGUUGGGUGUGACUACCAAUAGCGAAGACUGCAGCUACACCUCUGAUCUGGACCACUCCGACGGCGGGUUAAAGCAUACGGCCUGCAGCGAUGAGGAUCCAGGCGAGCUGGACAUCACGCCAACCACAAUACUAAAUCCGCACAGCAGCCUGGACCGUAUUAGCUGCACCAUUUGGGAUCAGCGAGACACCAAAAAGGCGCAGCUUUCGGUGCUGGAGAUUGCAUCUUGCAUAAUCGAACGUGUAGACUCAAUGGGCGAGACUCACGACUAUAUCUACAUUGGCAUGGUCUUCUCUUUUCUACUAACACUAAUCCCCAUUUUUUGUCGACUCUGCGAGGUUACUCUCGGGAGCGAUGCGGAUAAAGCUAGUGAAAUUAGCUACCUUUAUAUGCCGCAGCUGUUAUGGGAGAAGUCGUCGGCCUCGUUCUACACUUUGUUGAGCUUUGCCUUUGGCGAUACCCAGUGGGAGCGUACCAUCCUGGCGCUGGGCUUUGUACAACGCCUCUGCCUGACCCUUAUCCUGUUUAUCAUAUUUGCCGUGGCAGAGCGCACCUUCAAGCAACGCUUCCUUUACGCCAAACUCUUUUCCCAUCUCACGUCGUCGCGUCGGGCUCGCAAGUCGAAUCUCCCGCACUUCCGUCUAAACAAGGUGCGCAACAUUAAGACCUGGCUUAGCGUACGGUCCUAUCUAAAGAAACGCGGACCCCAGCGAUCGGUGGAUAUUAUCGUUUCUGCCGCAUUCAUUGUAACUCUUCUGCUGUUGGCCUUCUUAAGCGUGGAGUGGCUUAAGGACUCGGUGCACCUUCACACUCAUUUGACGCUGGAAGCUUUGGUCUGGUCAAUUACAAUCGGGAUCUUCCUGCUGCGCUUCAUGACUCUGGGCCAGAAAAUCCAGCACAAGUACCGCAGCGUGUCGGUGCUGAUUACGGAACAAAUCAAUCUGUAUUUGCAGAUUGAGCAAAAGCCGAAGAAGAAGGAUGAGCUGAUGGUGUCAAACAGCGUGCUCAAGCUGGCCGCCGAUUUGCUAAAAGAACUCGAAACGCCAUUCAAGAUCUCUGGCCUCAGUGCCAAUCCAUAUCUAUUCACAACCAUUAAGGUGGUCAUCCUGUCGGCCCUCUCGGGCGUUCUUAGCGAGGUUUUGGGCUUCAAGCUGAAGCUGCAUAAAAUCAAGAUCAAGUGAAUCAAGAAGGGCGGAGAUCCAUCAUAUUUUUGUAGUACAACUUUUUCGAAACGCUUUAAGAGAAAUCUACAACUACACCUAACUUUAAACUAGUUAAGGGAAUAAAUUUAAGCGAGCCAAUGUUUAUGCUUGUCAAGUGAUUGUUUAGCAGCGUUAACAAGCCCUUACUGACUACAUAAAUAAAUAUACAUAAGUAUUUACCACCUACCAUCUAGAGCGACCUGCACAAUCACAAAUCAUGUAAACUUAAAUUGUGUAAUGAACCGUAUAAAAGUUCAUAGAACUUUAGCAUAAAAGCAAUGCACCUUUUGUAGUUGGCUGUUUACUCUGUUACACAGUCUCAAGUUUAAUUCCUAAAGCGGUCUCAGCUAGAAUUUUGAAAUUAAUAAAUGUUAGCAAAAUA